AUGGCAUCUUCGACCAUCCAGAAUCCUCCGGCCCCGGCCGAAUCCAAGUCGGCUAGAAAGAAGAAGGCGAAGUCGGAGCGAACUGAAUCUCCUGCACCGGCUGUCUCGACUCCGGAGAGGGCUCACUCGGUCUCUGCCUCGGUCGCUGAGAACCAGGAGGACUCUUCCGAAAGCUCCUACAUCCGCGAGCUUCAAAACCCUUCGUUGACAGUCCUCUACAGGAACAUUCGCAAUGUUACCAAGAAGAUUAUCGACAACAUCAUCGCCGAGCACAGCGGCAAGUCCCUUGACGAACUCGUGUCUCUGAAGAUUAUCAACGCCGACCAGAAAGCCGCUCACCUUAAGAAACCGAUGCUUCAAGCCCAACUCUUCCAGCUCGAGGAGCAGUUGACUCAGCAGAAGAAGAUUGAUCAGGACUACAAGGCCCGCCUCGCCGAGCAGGAAAAGGCUCUGACGGAGAAGUUUGAGAAGGAGAAGGCGGAUAUUGUGGCCGAGCUGACUGAGAAGGCCGCCGCGGAUGCCCAGGCGGCGCUGCACAGCAACCUUCUUAUUCUGUCUCAAUUCCUUCGUCUGGCGGCAGCCCGCCGUGUAGAGGGCGCUGAUGCCACAUCGGAUGAGAACCAGGCGCUUGAGGGCGUCCUCCUCGGCGUUUACUCUGGCGACGAGAAAGGUGUCGCGACCAUGUUGAAGCUAGUGCAGGGUUCGGAUGAGCAGACACGCAGUACUGCUGGUGAACUGCUGCAAACAACCUUUGCCCAAGUCAAGCAGGCCGCCAUUGACCACGCUGCGCCUGCCGUGCAGCCCGCUGAGGCCGAGACCGAGGCUGUUGAGUCCAAGGAGCAGGUUGAGACGGACCCGACCGUCGCCAACGCAGGCCUGACCGAGGUAGAGGAGGGCUCUGCCACGGCACUGACCAACGGCCACGUGCAGCAGCAAGAGGCUUCCUCAAGCAGCGCCGCGCCCAGCAAUGCCGACGUGGCCGACAACGCCGCCAACGCUGCCGGCGAAAGCCAGUGGGACAUGCCUUCUGCUUCUGCCACCAACGACAUGUCGGCGUCCCAGGAGUGGGUCGACGUCAAGAUCCCCCGCGAGCCGAGCGAGACUGAGACCGGCCUGGCAGCCACCCCCGCUGCGCCCAGUGCACCGGCCAAUGCCCAGUCCUGGGCCGACGACCAUCCCGAGCCCGAGGCGGCGGCUCCGGCGCCGGCCGUUCCGGCUGCUGACGACGGGUUCCAGUCCGUGCAGGGCCGCAAUCGUGGUGGCAACCGCGAGGGCGGCGGCUGGCGCGGUCGUGGCGGCUACCGUGGCCGUGGAGGAUACCGUGGUGAUGGUCGCGGCCGGGGCCGUGGUGGCGGUGAUGGUCACCGUGGAGGCAUGCCCUCGCGCCCGCGCCGUGGAGGCGAUCACCGUGGCGGCGGCGAUAAGCAGUAA